GCUAGCCAGUACCUAAUAGUCCACAGUGGCACUAAGCUGAUAUCACACCACUUAGUUUACCUGCUCUCCCAGCCGCUGACGUAUGUCAUUACUAAGGGUUCCUCACCUGGCCGCUCUGUAGAUCCACACUACAUUACUGUGUUGUGUUCGCCAGUCAUAGUCCACUUCAAUAGAGCAACCCUGUAACGCUGCUUCUCAUCCAGGGACACGCCGUAAUUUGAAAUGUAGAAGAAACUUUUGAGGUGUAUUAACUUACCGUGGCGUGAUGUUAAGAUGAGGCAUGCCGCUGCGAUGCAUGUGCAGCCAGGGGAGGCACCAGCACCGCCAGCACCAGCGACAAUAGCAAUAGCAUGAGUAGCGUCGUUGGCGAAAGUAGCAGCAAUAGUAGUAGCACUACUAUUAAUAGCAACAGCAGCACCAUGUCAAUAAACAAGAAUUCUACCGGAACACUAGCGUACGUCUUAGAAAUUAACUCAGGUGGUGAGGGUGGGAAGUACAACUCUUCGUGUGGACCCUUCCUGCCGUGCUACCCGCACAUCAACCUGGUGUGUGUGGACGGUGUAUGUAUGUGUAUCAGUGGCUUUACCAAUGAUAAAUCAGGUGGGUGCGAGAACCCCAUCAUAGGGGUGUUGACCACCUGGAUAUGGAAGAUAAUAGCGAUUGCUGUGUUCUUCAUCAUCCUCUUCAUGCUGCUCCACCAGUUCGCUUGCAAACGCAGAUGGUGCGAGCUAUGGGGGAGAGAAGAACAGCAGGAAGAGGAAGACAGGAGGACUUGCUGGUCCGACGCCCCACCAGCCUACCUGGAAGUGGUUGAGGCUCCUCCCACGUACACUGAAGCCAUGGCGAAGAUUGCCGAGAGUUCUGAGGGCACUGUACCAGAAGGGUUGGAUACCUCGUGGUGUGCCCAGUGUUACGAGGAUGGCCCCGGGGUAGCGGUGAUGCCCAGUGAACCCCUCUCAUUCCUCGGGCACCCACCCGAGGAGGAGACUGGCGCGAAGCCCAAUACAACCCGCUCAUGCCCAGGGCAUCCAUCACCCGAGGACGAUACCGGGGCAGUAGCGGUUAUACCCAAUGAAACUCUUGCAUGCCAAGGAAAUCCACAUCCCGCGGACGGCCUUGGACCAGUGAUGAUCACAUCUGUGGUGAUGCCCAGCAGAGCCCUGUUAUGCCCCAAACUUUCACCAUAAAAGCAAGAAGUGCUUGGUUAAGGGCACAUAACACACUGAUACACCUCCGGAAAACGGCCAUGUCUGACAGUAAGCCAUCCGACUACAAAAUUAAUCUCAACGUGAACAUGUAACAAGCUGUGGGAACCGUGAUUCGCCUCGCCAGUAAGGUGCGGGUUUAAUGCUUUCCUGUGAGCAUUAUUUCGUGUGAUAUAUAAUCAUUAUUACGCAGUGUAAGCACAGUGAAAGUAAAGUUCUAAGCGAUUUCGUAAUCACAUUAUCCAGGGAUUGCGAAAGGAAAUACUGUAAACCGUGUUAUAUAGCCGAGAUUACCCAAACACAGCUUCACCUAACACAUAUGUGGUAACACUCGUGGUGUAGUUUGAGAACAAUGGAGAUGCACUGCCGUAGGCCUACUGGCCUGUGCUUCAUGCGUGAGGUACCACCUACAUGCGAGGUGAAUACUAUAUGAAACCCACUUUACACUUUCACAAUCCCUUGAAAAUUUAACAAAGAUCACGAAAGUACUUGGCAUUUUACUUGCAUCAAAAGACAUCUACAUCACUUGUUCUGAUAAGAUAGGUUUAGUCAUGGUAUGUUACGCUUGCACAGCUCCAGUCUUAUAAAAAAAAUGUGUGGUAUUUACUUUUUUUUUUUACUUAUUCUUUACAAAAGUCAACUAAAUUAUAUUUUUGUAUGUUACAAUAAAUAUUAACAAUA